AUGAAUAAUAGCGAUUCUAAUAAGGAUUUACAAGAUUCGAAAUCUGAUAAAAGUACAUCAUGGGUUAAGUGGUUUAAUAGUAGAGCACUUAGUAAUUUUUUAGUUGAAGUAGAUCAUGAAUAUUUAACAGACUCUUUUAAUUUAUAUGGAUUAAAAUCAGAAAUUCCAAAUUUUAAUCAUUUAUUGUCUAUUAUUGCAGGAGAUGCACCAGAUGAAGAAGAUUCUAAAAGUAGUUAUGCAAAAGAUGCAGUAUGUUUAUAUUCAUUAAUUCAUGCAAGAUAUAUUACUACACCAAAAGGAUUAUCAUUAAUGAAAGAUAAGUAUAUUAAGGGAGAUUUCGGAAGUUGCCCAAGAGUUAGCUGCUCUCAACAUAAUGUUUUGCCCAUCGGAUUAUUUGAUCAAAUUAAAAUUGCAAAAGUUCAUAUUUAUUGUCCUUUAUGUCAAGAAAUUUAUAAAAUACAUGAUGAAGAUAAAGUAUAUUUAGAUGGUUCCUUUUUUGGUACAUCAUUUCCACACAUAUUGUUACAAACGUAUCCUUAUUAUGCAACUUUAAAAACACCUUCUUAUUGUACUUCUAAAAUUUUUGGUUUCGGUGUCUAUCACAAUUUUACAAGAACAGAAUACAAAAUUGCUAAAGGAGAAUUUGGAAAAUUGGCAAGAGAAAACUUUUUAAAAAAAAAUCCUAAAUAUUUAAAAAAAUUAAGAAAGGAGGAAUUACAAAUUAAAGAUACAUAG